AUGGCAAAAUCUUCUGGUGACAUUAAGAUUCAAAAGGUAGGUAUGGUGGGUCUUGGUCUCAUGGGUCAUGGUAUUGCACAGACCGCUGCUACUGCAGGCUUUGACGUUGUGGCGUUAGAUGCCAACUCAACGGGAUUGGAAAGUGGCAUGAAACGCAUUGAAACCUCGUUGAACAAGUUAUUAGGUCGUAGUAUAAAGAAGGGAACCAUGAAUCAGCAGCAGGCGGACGAAAAGGCCACUGCUACGCUGGCUCGGAUCACACCCACGACAAAAUUAGAUGACCUUGUGGACUGUGACCUCGUGAUUGAGGCGAUUGUAGAGAAUGUCGAAGUCAAGAAGGCGUUUUAUGCUAACCUUGGCAAGGUGGUCAAGCCUUCAGCCAUCUUGGCAUCCAACACAUCGUCGCUAGCCAUCUCGGACUUUGCUGGAUCCUCGGGACGCGCAUCGCAGGUCGUUGGCCUGCACUUUUUCAACCCCGUGCAACUUAUGAAGCUUGUGGAAGUCGUCCGCACGGACGCGACGGAUCCCGAAGUUUAUCAAGCUUGCACACAAUGGGUACAGGACAUUGCCCAAGCUAUUGCCCUCUACGAGCGAGGAGAUGCCACUAAGGAGGAUAUUGAUGUAAGCAUGCAGCUUGGUGCUGGCCAUCCGAUGGGACCGAUCACACUGGCGGACUAUGUCGGCUUGGAUACGACGCUGUUCAUACUGGAAGGAUGGGUGCGCGACCACCCAAACGAGCCUGCUUUCUUCGUGCCAAAUAUUGUCCGCAUGAAGGUGACAGAGGGCAAACUUGGCCGCAAGACUGGAGAUGGGUUCUACAAAUGGGACGGUGACAAGCGUUUGUAA